GUGGACAAGUGUAUCGGAUCAAGAAUUCACAUAAUUAUGAAAAAUGACAAGGAAAUCGUGGGAACCCUACUGGGGUUUGAUGAUUUCGUCAACAUGCUGCUAGAGGAUGUAACAGAAUAUGAAUCUACUCCUGAAGGUAGACGAAUUACAAAACUCGACCAGAUUCUACUCAAUGGAAACAAUAUUACAAUGCUUGUUCCUGGAGGUGAUAUGCAGGGAGAUUGAUUGGUUUUAUAAUGAAUACUUGCCGAAUGCCAUUCAAGUUCAUUUUAAGUUACUGUAAGUUUUGUAAAUUAUCAUUUGUAAGGUUAAUAAUCGUUUAUAAAAUAAAACAGUUGAAAAAGUA